UGAGAUAGACACAAACCGAACACCCUCUCACUCUCGCUCACUCUCGCUCUCUCUCUCUCUCUUCCUGUUUCUCUCUUCCUUUGCUUAGUAUUUAAAACUCUCAUCAUCAACUUCACGUAAUAACACCCAAAGAAGAAAACAAUCACCCUCUCUGAUCUGGGCUUAGCUUAGCUUAGUCUCUCUUUGGUUGGUGUUUUCUUUGAGUUCAGUUCAUCAUUGUUCAGCCAUGGUUUCUGCAGAUGCUGCCCGUACAGCAGUCGGUGUCUUAGGAAAUGCGAUCGCACUCUUCUUGUUUCUAUCGCCCACGCCAACAUUCAUUCGGAUAUGGAAGAAGGGCUCGGUGGAGCAGUACUCGCCGACGCCGUACCUAGCCACCCUCAUCAACUGCAUGGUGUGGGUCCUGUACGGCCUCCCCAUGGUCCACCCCCACAGCACCCUUGUCGUCACCAUCAACGGUGCAGGGACCGUCAUCGAACUCGUCUACAUACUUCUCUUCCUCUUCUACUCCGACCGUCAGAAGAGGCUCCGAGUGGCGGCGGUGGUGCUCAUCGAGCUCAUCUUCAUCUCGGCCCUUGCGGUCCUAGUCCUGACCUUGGUCCACACUCACAAGCAGAUGUCGAUGGUCGUUGGAAUCGUGUGCAUGGUGUUUAACGUCAUGAUGUACGCCUCGCCAUUAUCCGUCAUGAAACUGGUGAUAACGACGAAGAGUGUGGAGUACAUGCCCUUCUUCUUGUCCCUCGCUUCUUUUGCCAAUGGCCUUUGCUGGACUGCUUACGCCCUCAUCCGCUUUGAUGUCUUCAUUGCUGCUCCUAAUGGGCUCGGGUCACUAUUCGGGCUGGCCCAACUGAUCCUAUAUGCCACAUACUACAAGUCCACAAAGCAACAAAUGGCUGCGAGGAAGCUAGACGAGCUUAUCGGAAGUGGUGGUGAAUAAUGGAGGAGAUGGAGACUCCAAGAAAAUCAAUGGCGCUGCCCCCUCAGAAUGAGAUUAAGAGGGCAUGAAGUUUCAUGAUAUGGCGACUGAUCAUUUCUAGCCAAAUCACAAGAUUGGCAAUUUCAUCUAGAUGCUCGGUUUCUUUUUAAAUCAAUGGAAAUAUAGAAUCAUAAGGAAAUCCAUCUCAAGUUUAUUGUCAGAAAGUAAGCUUUGUGGUCGCAGUUAAUUAUAUAACGGUAGGCUUUUGUAUCUUCAUCCAA